AUGGGCUGUUGUGAGUUUCGAGAAGAAACCGCUAAUAUUAAUCAACAAAAAUCUCCUCCAAAGAAAGCGAACACAAAAGGAAAAUAUCGAAAACAAAACCAUAGUAAUCUACAAAGAAAAUCAACUUCUCAGCCUGAGUCCUUAAAAAUAAGAACAAAAUCUGCUGGGAUAAAUCGAGCGAAAUUUAUAAAAACUGUUCCAAAAGCAAUUACAGAAAAUUUUAUUAUCAUUAAGAAACUAGAAACUGGGUUAUUUGGUGAUAAUAAACUUGCUAUUGACAAAAGAAACAAUUGUCAAAGAUUGAUAAAAGAAAUCAAGAAAUCCUUAAUAAAUCCAAAAUUGGAAGCAAAAGGCUGAAAAGAAGUGAAUAAAUUAUUAGAACUCGUAAAAAUAAUAUAGGAUCACCCACAUAUAGCAAAGGUUUAUGAAAUAGUCAAGUCGCAGGAUAAAAUUUAUUUUAUUUUUGAAAGUUUGAUGGGAGGCAAUGUCUUUGAUCGAAUAAUUGAUGGUCAAAUAAAUGAAUAUUAUGCAAGUGCUUAUAUUUCUGAUAUUCUAGGAGCCAUGAAAUAUUAUCAUGGCCGAGGAAUUGUUCACCGAAAUAUAAGACUAGAAAACCUUGUUUUUGAAUCAAAAUCUAAGGAUGCUAUUAUAAAAAUAAUGGACUUCGAGCUGCCUCCAGGAGUUUGUGAUCUUUUAACAAGUCAAAUGGAUACUGUAAUACUUAUGCAGCUUCAUUACAUAUCUCCAGAAAUGAUCCAAGGCAAGUUUAGCAGGACUUCAAGCGAUAUUUGGAGUUUAGGGGUAGUUCUCUAUCUCAUGCUAACAGGUAGACCUCCAUUUAUAGGCAAAACUUCGGCUGAAUUAGCAAAAAAAAUUAAACAAGGAUUGAUUUUAAGCGAUGAGCUAUUUCGUGAAUAUUCUCCUAAAGUAAAGGAUUUGCUGAAAAAAAUGCUCGAGGUAGACUGUACACGAAGAAUAACUGCAGCUGACGCAUUAAAUCAUCCAUGAAUACUUGAAAAUAGCAAGUUAACUCCCCCCUUCGUGCACAAAAGGGCUAGUUUUUUGGUAAAAUUUAUAUAUAAAAAUUUUAUAGUAAUUUGUUUUUAUUAAUUUAAUCUAUAAAAUUUAUGUUUUAAAAUGCAAGCUGCUAAAAAUAAACAGAAGAGAUUUUCAUUAUACUGAUUAUCACCUAUAUAUCAAAAUUUUUUGUAAAAAAUUUUUCUAUUAAAAAAAAAAGUCUUUGUUCGCUUGCGAAGGAAAUGUUUUUGUCCAAUUAUUUUUUCCCUCAAAGAGGGGAGUAAACAAAAAAGCUUCAAGAAACGAAGAAGCUAUUACUCAAGUUUCAAAAUUCCGCGUAUACAUUAUAUAGGCUCAAACCGUUAUCGAAAAAUCGAUUUUUACUUUUAUUGUCUCUCAGUUUUCAGACAUAGCUGAAGAAAAAGAGUAUAUUGAAAUAUUUAAAUCACUAGAUUCUAAUAAUGAUGGAAUUAUUAGCAAGGCAGAGCUUAUAGAUAAAUGCAAGGUUUUAGCUCUGGAAGAUAUUGGAGAAGUAGAAGAAAUCCUCGAGAGCUGCGAUAUAGAUGGCAGUGGGGAUAUUGAGUACUCUGAGUUUAUUCUUGCUGCGACUAAUUGAAAUGAAGCAGCCCAGGUUGAGAAAUUAAGAAAAGCAUUUAAUUUAUAUGAUAAAAGCGGUGAUGGACAAUUAAGUUUAGAAGAAUUGAUUGAAGCAGUUCCUGGGAUUGAGCCUUCUGAAUGGCAGAAGUUCUUCAAAGAGGCUGAUGUCAAUAAUGAUGGAUCACUGAGCUUCGAUGAAUUUAAAAAAUUUUUAUUGAGGGAAAUGAAAAGCGAUCCAGUCAAAUUUAGAGCUAAAUAA